AUGGCCCAGUCGCCUCCUCAGCAGAACUUCCUUGGCUUAGACCAUUGGAUCGUCUCCCAGGGUUGGGGCUGGGAGGGCCACUCCGACUCCACGUCCCCAGCCUCUUCCUCAGAUUCCUCGAGCUCGUGCCCCUGUGACAGCGCCCUCGGCCUCUCUCAGACCGCAAACCCAGCCCGCAGCGCCCGAGUAGCUGAGGCCACUCCGACAGUGCCCAGACGCGCAAGGACCGGACCAGCGGGUGGACAGCGGCGGAGCGCCAGCGAGCGCGAGAAGCUGCGCAUGCGCACCCUCGCCCGCGCCUUGCACGAGCUGCGCCGCUUCUUGCCGCCAUCCAUCGCGCCGGCCGGCCAGAGCCUGACCAAGAUCGAGACGCUGCGUCUGGCCAUUCGCUACAUCGGCCACCUGUCGGCUAUGCUGGGCCUUAACGAGGACAACUUGCAGUGUCGGCGCCGGUGGCGCGCGGACGCAGUGUCUCCCCAGGACUGCGCGCUCUGCCCCGACGGCGGUCCAGUGCAGGUGCAGCCCCGGGCUCCUGGCCCGGGUUUGGGCACUGCUUUCUGUACCGGGCCGUGCUGGGGGUCCCCGCCCUCCUAUCCUGCCACCGGAGCCCUGGCUGAGAGCCCGGGGAGCAGGGUUUCCAACACGGAUUCCUGGGUAACACCCCCUUACUGCCCCAAGAUACAGUCGCCCCCGCUCCAGCCCCUAGGGAGAGUUCCUGACCCGGUUCUUUGGACGCCACCCCAAACCUGUCCCGGGAAGCAGACAUCCCUAGAACCUCAAAACCCCGCUUCACCCUGGACGCCACCCGCGGAGCUGGCUGCAGUGUACCAGGGUAUCUCUGGGUCUUCAGAAUCCUGUCUACCUCUGGGAAGUCCACCCCUUCUGCCCCGCCCUUCAUGCCAGAGACUCCAGCCUCAGACACAGUGGGGGUGUUGGAGCCACAGUGCAGAGGCGCUGCCCAGCUCAGAGGACCAGGGACCUGGCCCUGUUUUCCAACUCAGUGAAGUGAGCCUCACCCAGAAUUCAGGCCUACGGCUCAGUAGCUGCCCUGAACUUUGGCAAGAAGAUUUGGAGGGGACCCACCUGGGCAUCUUCUGA